UGAUUUAAAAAAUGAGAAGGGGAGAGAGAGAGCGAGACAGAGAGACAGGUUACGCUAAGCAACCAGCUAGUAACGCUUUACUUAUAGCUGUAAUUGGCUGCCCUAGAACCGCUGACAAGCUAAACAAGGGAUCUGUGUAAUCUUUAUUUUUCGCAACAAGGAAAGCAAAUGCCAUCUCAGUGCGCAGCCCAACGCCUGUGGCACGAGAAGGAAUUAAAUAUACAGAUGAAUAGCAUUUUUUUUUUUACAAAAACCCUAAAGGAUGAGGUAUCAAUGAGGCAUUUGUCUUUGCAGGGCUACAGAUAAGGGGUGGGGGGAAGGGUGUACAGUCGCCCGAAAAACGAUGACAAAGACAGUGGAGAGCUUAUGGGGCGAAGGAAGGAAUUUUAGACAGACUCAAUACAGGAAUAAAUAGAACUCCGUUCAUUUAUUUCUCCCAGCAAAGAGAGAGAGAGAGAUGUUGUUUUAUAACCAACGUUUUUCUACCCUUCCCCCCCCCGCUUUCAUCCUCUUCCUUCGUCUCAGUUGAAAACUGAUUACAGGUUGCUUAUCGACUCCGGCACAAUUCCACCCCAUUCUCGCAUAGAUCUUGGAGGGUUUAUAUCACAUACAUUAUUUAUCAUAUUUUAUAAAUCCAACAGUACUCCAAUUUUUUUUUUCCACAUUACCAGGAGCCAGUGGGGAAGCUGGCUGCUGAUUGGAGCGGGCAAAAUCACGUGCCCCGGAGUCACAUGGUCAGGGAGGAAAAAGGGGGUCCUUUUUGGUGUAAAUCUGGACUCUAAUUCCGUAAUAUAUCACGGUACCUCGUAAAACCGACACUAAAACGUCCCGGCCUACAAAUCACCCGGCCAAAUUAUGAGUUCAUUGUAUUAUGCGAAUGCUUUAUUUUCUAAAUAUCAAGCCGCAAGUUCAGUUUUCCCAUCCGGCGUCUUUCCUGAGCAAACUUCUUGCGCUUUUGCCUCCAAUACCCAACGAACGGGGUAUGGGUCUGGUUCCAGCGCCCCGUUCGCUGCUUCCAUGCCUGGACUGUACGCCAAUGGGAGCAGCAUGCACCCCCAAACCUCUAGCAUGUAUUCCACCAGCUACGGCCUGGAAACCAGUUCUUUCAACAUGCACUGUUCUCCGUUUGAGCAAAACCUCUCGCUGAUGUGCCCGGGAGAUGCCUCCAAGCAGACGUGCAGCAAAACGGAUCAGAGGGACUCAGACUUGCAAAGCGAAAGCAACUUCCGGAUCUAUCCCUGGAUGAGGAGUACAGGGACUGACAGAAAAAGAGGACGUCAGACCUACACCAGGUACCAAACCCUGGAACUGGAGAAAGAAUUCCACUAUAACCGCUAUUUGACCAGAAGAAGACGCAUCGAAAUCGCUCAUGCUUUGUGCCUGACAGAGAGGCAGAUCAAAAUCUGGUUCCAGAACAGACGCAUGAAGUGGAAAAAAGAAAAUAAAUCUGCAUGCACCGGUUCAAAUAGCCAGGAAAAACCAGACGCUGAAGAUGAUGAAGAAGAAUGAAAGGGAUGGGGUUUGGAUGAAGGGGACUUUAGUCCAGAAAGCUACUCCAGGAAACGUGAAAUCUAAACAUAAGGGACUAUAUAUAAAAAAUAAAUGAAAUCAAAAUAAAAACAAGCCUAAGAAUGAUGCAUUCUGUUUCCUGAUACUGAAAAAUAUACUACCUAUAUUACAGGUUUUUUUUUGUACAAUAGAAUGGAUAAUAAUAUCUACCUAUUAAAUGUGGCUUUAGAGUCAGAUAGAUACAUUUUUCUAUGUGGGUCUUCCUAUAGUACAAGUAUUUGUAAAUCUCCCUGUUUGUAUUUCCUUGUGUACUUUUUUUGGUAUGAAGUAAUGUGGUCGUGUUAGCACCUUUAAUUAGAAAAUGUGAUCUGAAAGUAUGAGGGGAAAUUAUACAUAACGUAUGUAGUACUCUGUACAUAAUAUGAAUUAUCAUUACCGCUUGUUCUGUUGUAACCUCUGUGGUUCUUUUCUGGUUGCGAUGCUGUUUUGUCUGUGUAUAUUUUUACCUGGACCACUUCCUUGUUCAAGUCAUUAGAAAAAAAAAAUGAAUUAAUAUUGUGCUGAGUAAAGCGGUGUAUAUCAAGGUAGAAGAUUAUUUAAUAGCGGCGCGUUUCUUUUUCCUGGUUUUGUGAUUAUUAUUCUUCAAAAUAAUAAUAAUAAAAACACCCACCAAUAGUCUAAAACUG